GGAAGAGUGGUUUGCCGUCCUGGUGAAAGAGCGCCCGGUAUUGGAACGGCCAGGUAUCACUGUCAUUGGAGAGGUGAUUGGGGCCGAGUCAGAUGGCCUACUAAAGGAGGCACUCGAUGGCAUGGUGGCUGGGGGAGUGCAUCUGUGCCCCGAGGAUCCCUGUCCAUUGGCCUUCGAUGGAACUAUAGGGAUUCAUGCCACUCGCGUGAGGUCCUGGGCACUCCAGAAGUUCGCGGCCGACUACUUGAGUCGGAGUGGGAAGGCCGCCCUCAAGAAGGCCAUCCGACGCUGUCAAGCCCCCUUCAGAUGGCCGGCGUGCUGCGGCAGCUCCCAAGCGCUCAAGGGCGCCAGCCAAGGUGCCUUCCAAGCGAAAGCGCCCAGCCGCUGCUGGAGAGCGGGUGUCCCCUCGGAUGGCGAAGAGCUGGAUGGCGAGGCAGAUGCUACUGGUCCCGACAGAGCAGCUCUGCGCGACAAGCUCAGGGAGACCCGGGAGAGAAUCAUAGGGUCGACCACCCCCCUUGGAGCGCGACGCCGGUGCGACUCGUGGGUUAGAGGGUCUCCUCCCGCCCGGCUGGUGGCUGGGACCUCUCUGUCUCCUGACCAGUCCACCCCGCUGGCAUUGGCGCCAUUGGCGCCAUUGGCGGGUACAAGAGCGUGCGGCGUGCAGACAAAUCAACAAGCCAGCAAGCGGCGCAAGGACAAGAAGGACAAGGGAAAGAACGACGGAGUGAAGGCCCUGCUCGACCUUUUGCAGGGCAAGAAGAAAAGGAAGAAGAAGAAGAAGAGAGAUCGCAAGUCAGAUCGCGAUCAGGAUGGACCUUCUUGGAGGAGCUUCGGAAGCUCAAGCAGAUCAAGGAAGCGCCGGCAUCAAGACUCCAGCGACGAGGACAGCGAGCUGAGCAUCGAACCUCCUCUACGGCGCAGAGCAGCCAAAGAACCGGGCUCGGUCAUGGCCAUGUUGGUCAAACAUGCCCAAGACCAGCUGGACAAGGGCACCUUGUUGGAAACAGAAGGAGCUUAUUCUGCAGGGAUCACUUUGGGGGUGGAGAUCUCCACGUUCUUCGCCCUUCUCAUAAGCAAGCUUCCCGAGGCAGCCAUCGCAGUUCAUUUGGCCGAAGACGGUUGGGGCACCGCAGCCCAAUUGGAGACGUACCCGCUGGAACCAGUCCAGGCGGCCUCCACAGGCACCAUGAAUCAUGCUCCAAGCACAGAAGCAUCGGCGCUUGGUCCAGAAGAGUCAAGGGAUGUACCCCUCGCGCUGGGGAGAGGGAGGCGUGAGGUGGCCGCUUCCUGUGAGUCGGAGGCACUGAAUUCGAUUGGAGCUGGGACUGGUGGCAUCGCUGGUGGAAACCGGGCCGUUGCCGUCUAG